GAGUGGUUGGGUGCGCGUGGUUCGGAAUUAGGUUCGAAAUUCUUUUUGCCGAAGCGACGUCCGACGCCGGAUUUACCGCGACACGGGGCCCUUAAAAAAAAAGCAAUAAGACGGAACAAAGUCUUCACUUUGCGACACUCAUAAGCGUAAGGACUCUGCGCAUCCACGAGUAGCGCCUCCGUUACAACGCCUAUGCCCACGCAACUAUAGCUCACCAAUAUCUCAUGAGGUGCUAAAUGGAUUGCGCUGUCUCCCCGCGGCCUAUCUGUUUGCGACGAGGUGCGAAAGGUACUGCAUUAGCUUUAAGUUGACUUAGUCUAUCUAACCCGCAGAGCAGUGCAUUUUUUUUUUCGAGCCGUGCCAGAACAGACCGAUCAUGCCCUGUUCGAUCGACGCGAACGCGGUCACCUCGUUCGAGACUGUUGUAUACACAGGCAGGGCGGGACAGAAUCACGGAAAGUGGUUCUGCCCGAGGGCGCGCGCCCUCCCUAUCGAUUUAAGGGAAGUCGGUUUAUUUUUGGGAAGCGCGGGAAGUGGAAUGAUCCCCCCCCCCGCCCCCCUUUGACGAGCCGCUUCGCUCCCCAUCAAUAGGGAGCAACUCACGCCGGGGCCAACCGAGAAACGAAUCCAGUGCGCCGAGCCGCCGCAACGCACCAUCUGUCUCCGUCGCGCCCGCGGCGUUGUUCAUCAAAGCCCUGUCAAGUGCGCGCGACAGAGAUCACUCGCUUGGAACGUCAACUGAGCACCGACCGGCAACAUUCCAGCCGUUGUUCCCCAAGACGACGAAGGGAGACGUCGGACCUGAAUAUGGCUCUUCUCAACCGGUCGUGUUGUGUCUGCUCCCUUAAGACUGGCACCCGCUAUGUCGGUAUAUUUUACAUUGCCGUCAGAGCGUUCAUGCUCCUCCUGUACAUCACAACUCUGCAAGACCCUAAAGUCUGGAAAGAGUCGACGAACGACAAAUACGAGGCGCUGCAUGACCUACUUAUCCUGCUGAGCUGCGAGUGCGGCCUCAACAUCGUCGUGAGCGUCAUCCUAUUUGCAUCGACAGUGAAGCCUAAGCGUUACCUCAUAUUACCUUGGCUCAUGUGGAACACCAUUGGUGUUCUCGUAGUGAAAGUCACGUGCAUCCACGUGGUCACCGAGCGUUACCACCUAGACCAGGCUGAAGCCCUGACGUUCGGCAUACUGUUCACGGUGGCAACAAUCUCGCAGAUUUACUUCGUGUGCAUCGUGGCCUCGUUUUACCAAGAGUUGGAGUCGCCGCACAAUCCGAGCCUCUACGACGACAUGGACAACGCGGAAGACGUCGACACCACCAGUUUGUUUUCCAUGAGAAUAAACUGAACCUGCGGUGGA